CCCACAAGGCGUGUCAGAGCAAGAGUCGCAGAGUUCGCGGUUUCUACACCGAUGGUCGCGCUGGCUGGCUCAUAGAGUUUGCUGACGCGCAAUCCUCACGCUCCCGGCGCCCGGCCAGGCGAUAGCACCACGCAGACAAUGUGCGAUGCCACACAGUGCGCGACGCAGGGUUGCAGACCACCUGCAAUCCAGCGACUGGCGUCCACGUACGAGCGCUGACGACGACAACCAACGCAAUGUGAGCAGCGUGCAGCAAGGCAGUGGCUGGGCGACAGUGUGACAAGCAGGGGCAAGGACAGGGCGCGGCACGGCAGAAGAGGGGACCCGAACGUGUGGGGCGUAACGCAGCCUGCGUGGUGGGGGUGGGUCAAGUCCUUCGGGCCGAUGGGCUUCAAGCAGGGUCGUCAGCGACCAGCGGCCCGAAAGGCCAAACCACCGAACGACUGCCACUUUUCGCCCUGCUGGUGAGAUGCUGCUGGGGCACAAGCGACCUGCAUCGCUGCAGACUGGGGGCGGCGGCGGCGGCGGCGGCGGCGGCGGUGGCGGCAGCGGCAGCGGCAGCGGCAGCGGCAGCAGCGGGGGUGCAUGCGCGCAUCUUGGUAGCGGGGGGGGCGGGAAAGGCCAUGUGGAGGAGGAGAGCGCAGCGCCGCCCAAGAAGCGGCGCAAGCGCGCAGGCUGAGGAGCCGGCUGGCGGGUGGGGCGGUAGCGGUCCGCGGUGGGGCUGGCAGGGCAUGCGUAGCGGCAUGACAAGUAGUGCGGCUGUUGACAACUGUGCUGCGUCUGGCUGCGGUUGGCUCUGCUGUGGCAUCGCGAUUGCUAGGCACCUGGUUUGGUAUGUGCCUGUGGAAACCGACCCCGGCUAUGUCCGGGCGAUGAGGUAGUUCGGCCUCAGACUGUGGAGGGGCUCAGCCCCUUUCCCCGUGACCGGGGAACACUUGUCGCCCUGCGACAGCUGCCCCUGGCGCCGAGCACAGCAGGGCGCCCAGCGCCCCUGGCGGCCUGGCCCAGCACGUGCGCUCCGGUCAACGGGCCGUAGCACGGACGAGUGCCGGGGGAUGGCCACGGGGAAUGGCUGACUGUAUUCAUUGCACUGAUAAUCCAGUCUUGAUGGAAGUCAUGGAACGGCCUGUGGUGGCAUCCCAUAAUUGCCCUGAGACGGGGAAUGGGCCUCUUUCCAGUGGAUUUAGUGGCUCCUUGGUUAGUCGCUCACUAAAGUCCCACCGGACACUAAAUGUUGCACUAAAGCAUUCAUGUUUACAGCCAGCGACUUUAGCGCUCCGCUUGGCACACGCGCGUCCAUGCUCAAACCCGAUUCUUAGUGCUCAGCACAAUAUUCUCAUGCUGGAUAAUGCUGUUGGGAUGACGGGUCAGCUCAUUUCGGCCGACGGGCCCGAUACACAUGCGCGAUGGCGGAACAAACGUUGCAAAACUGCGCUGGGAGAGCCCGGGACGCACUCUGGGGUGUUAAUCUAAUCCAUCUGUACGUAUUUAUUAUGGCGGAACGAUGUAAACAACCCGAAGU